AUGGAAGCAACCGCCAGGAAGGUGGCUGGCUCAAUCCCGGCCCGGGCCCAACGCCUCUGGGGACAUCUUUCCUCCUGCGGGCUUCGGAAACCGGUCCGCUCACCUCUGACCCCGGCCAGAUCUCUCGCGCCUAACCGGUGCGCCUGCCCGCCGAAGGCUCGUCCCACCCACCAGCCACCGCCCACCUGUGCCGGCAGCCGCCACGCUAGGCCUCAAGACUGCACCGCCGGCUCGGCCGCAACGCCAACCCGCCCCUUCGGCGGCUCGGUGCCGCAGCCCAACCAACCGCCUGUUCCGGCGGCCGCACUUCCGAGUAGGGCUGGGUCGCGGGGCGGGGCCUGCGGGCCGGAAAGGGUGGAGCUGGGAGGGCGGGGCCUCGGCCGGAAGGCUCGAGCGCUGGGGGUGGUACCGUCCCGGGGCGAUUCUCGCGGGGUCCGCGGAGACUCAGGUCCGGGCGCGAGGCGGGUCCCGCGAGCUUAUGCUGAGGCUUGGCGCCUGGAUAUGAAAAGUGGGCAGGUGGGUGUAGGUGUCAGUUGCAGGGAAGACGACCCUGUCGAAUUUCUAGAGCGAAAGAAACUUGGAACUAACUUUCCUUUUUGCCCAGCUCAUCCAAAUGAUGCCCAGCUUCAUCCAAACCUGCAUUUACCGUUCCAGUCUGUACAACCUUCUUCGAAUAUCAAGUGCCAACGAGUUGAAUGUUUUUUUAAAAUCACCCCAGAGAAAGGUUCUAAAAAUUCAGAAACUGCAUUACCAACACACUUUAUAAGCUACUGCUGUCACAGCUUCUUUUCUGGCUCAAGCUGCUCCUCCCAAGAUGAGGCAGUCAUGAGUGCACCGAGAGGGUGGUUGCACCAGUAUUUGAGGAGCCCCUACCUGCUGUUUACGGACUGCUGUUCUGCCAGGUGUGCCAGCCACAACAGUGGCAAUGGGAAGGCAAAGCCUUCUCUCCUGUCUGACACCACCCGCGUUGCUGGCUGCUUUCCACAACUCCAGUACCCACAUCAAGUUGUAUCCCCUCUGUUAAUUUUUUUUUGA